AUGGGCUUUGGCUCUUUUCUGCUAUCAGCAGGGACUGCUGCAUCGCUGUUAGUACGAGCUACGGCUUCGCCGUCAAUAUCUCCUUCACCCACCACCCCAGCAGGAGCUGCACCUCCAGUCAAUCCUGCAUUCGCAGGUUUCGCUUUCGAAGCCAAGUCGUUCCUGUUCUAUGCUGGCCCGAAUGGCACAGCGAACACAUUCUCCCAAAAUCUGGUGCAAGCCAUCGCCAACAAGACACAAACGCAGCCGAUCAUCCGCGUGGGUGGCACUUCUCUUGACCAUUCUCUGGGCUAUGACGCGAAUCAGAUUGAGCCGAUCGUUGUCCCACCAAGCCAGCAGUCGGCCGGUAUUCCCACGAACAUGACAUUUGGACCUUCAUAUUUCGAUAUCUUCGAGUACUUCCCCGAUGCGAGAUACAUUUUCGACAUACCCUUCGCGUACGAGCAUCUCAGCAGCUCCUUGAUCAUCGCUCAGGCAGCUUACGCGGCCAUCGAACCUGAGAACAUUCUGGCGUUGGAACUAGGCAAUGAGGUCAAUCUCUACUCCGGCAACACUCGUUCUUCAGACUGGACAGCGUCCGACUACGUCUCGCAAUGGACCGAAUGGACCGACGACAUCGAAGCAAGACUGAAGCUCACCAACACCACCAAGAUCUGGCAAGCAGCAGCCGUUUCAGCCGAGACAACCAACAGCCUCCUCUCCAGCCCCGCCACAGUCGACGGACAAUGGGACAUUCGUGACCUGUUCAACGAUGCAAACCUCGUCCAAGACCAGGCUCGCAUCAAAAGCGUGUCGGUGCACUACUAUCAGACCAAGAUUGACGAUACAACAAGCCUGCAAAAUGACCUGAUGAACCACGCCGCCAUCAAGACCGGCUCGGCGCAGAUUGCCGACGCUGCAGGAUUUCUCAACGAGCUGGAGCCGCAACCCAUUCCGCUCGUUCUCGGCGAGGUCGGCAGCUCGCUUGGCAACGGCAGCAACGAUUCACCAUUGCAAGCUGUCCUCGGCGCCGCGCUGUCGCAGGUCGACUUCAUGCUGCACAGCAUGUCCGUGGGUGUGGGCUGGAUCAAUUACCAGUCCGGCGUGUCAUUUACCUUUUCGCUCUGGAGUGUCGAUUAUUCCAGUCCAGACGGGACAUCCAACAAGACAAACGAGGUUCUCGCCCCGUUCUAUGCCCAUGUCUUCGCUGCCGAGUUCAUUAGGUCGUCACUCGGAAAAAGUACCAGCAACACGACAGUGACGGAGGUCAACGUCACUGGUACUGGUGUACAGUCAGAUUUCUUGUCCGCAUAUGCGGCGUACGAGGAUGACAGGCUUGCGAAAAUUGCCGUGCUGAACCUGCAGUACUGGGACGGGAAGCUUACUAACGUUAGUAAUUCAAAUUGCACAGACUUGACAUCAUCACGGCCCGCCGAGACUUUCACCAUUGCGGUGCCGGACGAUGUCAAAUCUGUGCAGAAGAAGACUUUGACGAGUCCUUGUGGCGCGACUGCUUAUGCGAAUGAGAACAUCACAUGGGGCGGAGUGAGCUGGAACACGAAAGAGAAUGACGGGAUUGGGCGGCAGGUCUUGACCGAGGACGAGAGCGUGCAGGUCAUUCAAGUCACGAACGGGACACUGCAGGUCUCGGUGACAGCAAGUGAGGCUGCGAUGCUUUAUUUACAGUAUGAAAGCACCAAUUGGGGAUGCCACCCCUUAGCGUGA